AUGUCACACAAAGAAGGCCGCCUCAAGGAUGAGGGCUCCAAAGCUCAAGUCAUUGCCGCGGGCGCGAUAGCAGGAUUGGUUUCAAGAUUUGUUGUCGCUCCUCUCGAUGUUGUCAAAAUCCGCCUCCAACUCCAACCCCAUACUCUUCCCGACCCAGUCAACGCUCUACAGAAUGCCUCUGCUCACCGAGGGGCGAUUGCAACACUAAAACACAUCCUCAAGCAUGAAGGGUUGACAGGCUUGUGGAAGGGCAACGUCCCUGCAGAGCUCAUGUAUGUCUGCUACGGCGCUGUGCAGUUCACAACCUACCGAUCGAUGACCAUUUUCCUGCGAACUGCCUUUCCCACAAGGCUACCAGAUGCUGCCGAGAGCUUCAUUGCCGGUGCUGCUUCCGGCGCAGCUGCUACAACCGUUACAUAUCCUCUCGAUUUACUGCGAACACGAUUUGCAGCUCAGGGGCGCCAUCGUGUAUAUCAGUCGCUUCGGGGCGCAAUCUGGGACAUCAAGCGCGAUGAAGGAUGGCGGGGGUUCUUCAGGGGCAUUGGGCCUGGCCUGACCCAGAUUGUACCAUUUAUGGGUAUGUUCUUCGUCACGUACGAAUCCCUCCGAGCAUCAUUCGAGGGGCUGCAUAUGCCAUGGGGCAGUGGAGAUGCCACUGCUGGCAUGUGCGCCAGUGUCAUUUCUAAAACAGCUGUGUUCCCUCUUGAUCUUGUGCGAAAGCGCAUUCAAGUUCAGGGCCCAGCACGUAGCCAAUUCGUGUACAAAAACAUCCCCGAAUAUUCCACAGCUCGAGGUGCCAUCCGAUCGAUAGUGCGCACCGAAGGCCUGCGCGGCCUGUACAAGGGUCUGACUAUCAGUCUCCUCAAGUCAGCACCGGCGAGUGCUGUAACUCUGUGGACGUAUGAACAGAGUUUGAACUUGAUGCUUGAUUGGGAUUCGAGCAGUAAGGAGGCCAUCUCUAAUGAAUUAUAG